AUCACUUUGUAUCUACAGUGAGCUUAAGUUAGGAAUUACGAUGAGUUUUUCGACUCUAAUGGAAGAAAAAGCGCCCAGUCCUUCAGGGAGCAUAGAUUCCGGGCUCGGCCUAUCGCCACGGUCGGGUAAGCAUCCGGAAAGUCCCAAUGCAUUCGACGAUGAUGUAAUGUCAACUUUUUACUCCAAAAACUACCUGUCGUCUUACCUCCCGGACGAAGCGGACGAGUUAUUGGAAGACAUUACCAAGUCACUGACGAGUCAAAAGGAUCACAGCUUUAAAGUUCGAAAAAAAUCCGAAAGUCUCCCGCAAGUGCCAAGAAGUCGACAACAGCAAGCAAGGAAAGUCGACGCCUGUCUACAGCCGAAAACGGGCAACGCAAAACCGAGACAAACGUCAAGAAGAAAAAUGAGCAAGAAAGGAGACAACAAGCCAUAUGCGCAAGGAGUGGCACCCAGAACAACAGUACGUGAACGACUCGACCAGUUACGUGAGCAAAGGAAAAACCAGGGUAAAGCUAAGACUGGUUACUCCAGCAACGUGACACACCAGCACCGCCCCAACGCCCCGAACCAGCCACACGUACAGCACCCUCAUAUGCAGAGCACGGUAUCCAUGUCUGCACCGCUUGAUCAGCACCCCCAGCAACUGGCCAUGUCGCCGCCAAUGCACCCAGAAGCGACACUAAUGAACUAUCCGCAAAGCUACCCCAACACUUCAUACAGUGAAAUGAACCAGACGAGUUUUCAUGAGCCACAAGACACUUUCGUGCCCUUUCCUGACCACCAAUCCCCGCAGAAUGUUCUGCAGCAAGCAGCUUGCUCGCCCGAAUACAUUUAUCCCGACCCACCUUACACUACAACGAUGACACCGACCUUCACCCCCGAAAUCGAGUACACUCACUCCCCGGUUACCAAUUUCCAGGAGACCCUCCCCGAACCGCAAAUGUACCCGAGUCCUAUCCAGUACACUCAAGCAGAGGCGUACCAGCAACAUAGCGAGAACAUUUACACAUCCGCCUCUGACUUCACAGGCCAGGCAAUCGGCCAGUACUCCAACGCGGGAAUGUGCUCAACCAGUCCUCCCGCGUUCCAGGAACAGCAACAACGUCUCGCUGUCAUCGAUCCAGUUUUCGUUGACGAGGACGAUCUGCUUCAGCAACUACACGAGGCAGCUGCGUACGGAAGAACGCUUGAUCUACAACACAUUCUACACCAGCUGGCAAACUCAGGCACUUUACUAAUUGACGUGAAGGAUAGCAACGGCAUGACGCCCCUGCUCCACGCGGCGAAAAACAACCACAUUGAAGCGGUAACCACACUUCUUAACUUCAGUGCAAAUGCAGACGCUGUCACAGGAGACGGCAGUUCCAUUCUUCACCUGGCAGCACCUUUACCAGCCGGAAUGAUGAUGUCCCUGAUAGAGUACUUGGCAAGUAUAGGACUGUUGCCUUCCCUGGUCGACCAAACCGACUACAACACAGGGCGAACACCGCUACACGUCGCCGUAGACUGCGGAAACUUAGAAACAACGAGGUUGCUUCUUCAGCAUGGUGCUUCCAUGGCCGCACAGGACAAACAGAACGGUUGGUCUGCACUGCAUAUCGCAGUUAAGAAAGGAAACGUUCAGAUGAUCCGCGAAAUUCUGCUGCACGCUGAAAGCAACCCAAUGGUCACACUAGACGAUAUUGUAAACCAAGAGACUUACAACGACAAUACACCGUUACAUUUCGCUGCAGAGCUAGAAAGCUCGGGAUUGCCCCGUGACGUCACAAACCUGAUUGUAAACUUCCUCUUGGACAAAGGAGCUGACCCGAAUUUGAAAAACCACCAAAACCAGCUCCCCCUAAACUUGCUGCCCAGGAACUCGCAUUUGGUUGAACGUCUGCGCCCAAACCGACGUCAAGCCCCGCGACUUGCUGCCUGGGAUGGAAUCCGCAACUGCCGACCUUUCUCGGGGCCAAUAGCGCCUCGUAAGUCGUCACAGGAAUAAAUUUCUGCUAUGCAGAUAUUACAGAUUGUGUAAGCUGCUCUCUCGCCGAACCUCCAGACACCCCCCUUGUUUCGCCUCAAUUGUAAAUGAAAAGCGCCGCCCAAUUGUCGAUUCACGACAUUCAUAAUGCUGAAACUAAAAAGGUU